GGGCUAACCCGGUCCAAACGCCGUGGCAGUAAGACAGAGACCCACCCUCGUGCUCCCUGGAUGGAUCUGCCAGCUUUUUAUGGACCCUUGAAAGAGACGCCAGAAUGUCCUUGUGUCGCGUAUUAAUUGGUCCCUGUGCUGCCAGAUGAAUAGUCCACGAUGCGAGUGAAGAGAUGAGCUUGCAGCGAGCAGCCCUGUCCCUGCAGUCCCUGCCACUGGAGAUGUUCUGAUUGAUGCAGACGGUGCUCUUGUCUCCCAGACAGCCCCUGUGAGGACCUGGCUUCACCACAGCAUUCUGCACCAUGGCAGGAGAGAGCCAGCACAAGCACGCUGUCAAACAACUGGACUCCGAGUCCACACUGCGGGAUGAGAGGCCGGCGCUGGACACACACAAAGACAAAACCACAAAGGAGUUUUCCGAGCACUUUUCACACAGCAGCACUGAGGCCAGAGUCAGCCGAGCGCUCCCGGCCGACAAAGAGAAGGAUAGGGACGUUACGCAGCAGCGCGAGGCUGUGAUCCGACCACAGCAGGCGGGAAAGAUCGACUUCAGCUCUCUGCAGCACAGGACCAAGUUCUCCUCUGACAGGACCUGGCCCAGCGGCAAAGCCAGCCCCCAGUCUCCCAGCGGAAAGGGACGCAGCCGAGAGAAGGGCAGGCGCACUGGAAAGUCUGAGCGCGGCAGCCCACAGCAGCUGUACAGACUCAGCAUUACACACCCACGACCCAACCCCACCAUUGGGAUCGCCUACCCACAGCAGAAGGUUUCCCCACCCAAGAAGCUGGAGGCCAACCGCGGCCCUGUUACGGGCAGCUACCGCUUCCACGUCCCUAGUUUACCUGAGCGAGAGGCUGAACUGCAGCAGGACGAGCUGAGCUACAGCCGCUGUUUUCAGGAGAGCUCCCAGGGCCUCACCCCCCAAAGCUAUACCUCACAGCCCCCAGCCCCCCCGCAGCCAGCCUCUAUGGAAAACAAUAGUGCUCCAGCUGGCAGCCAGCUCCUUUUGACUGACUUUCCGAUAAGCGGAUCUAAUACAUGGCAGUCUUCAGACAGAACUUUCUCUGGUGCUAACUUUGGACAAAAGUCCACUCCCCUCACAGACAAUAAUAAAUCCAGUGCCUUUGUGUCUGGUCCGUUCCAGUAUGGAUAUCACAUGCUGGAGGAGUCAGCCUCAGACGCGUUCUCCUGUGAACAAAGUGCACCGUCCCAGGACUUCACAGACUCUCUGAGCACUGCCCAUGUCUCUCACUCUUUCCCCUUUGGCUCUGGGCCAGGACAGACUGUUGGCCAGAGCAGCACACAGUUCAAUAAUGAGCCUGCGUUUGUCCCUGCGGCAGGCUCCUCUGCACAGUGCCCCAGUCUGAGUGAGGACUCUGCCAGCAGUGACAGCUCCGGCUCCAGCUCGCAGCAGUCGGAGCAGGGCAAGGCUGGGAUGCCUGAGUGCAAAGAUGCUGUUGGACAGACAGACGCGUCAGGGAGUAAGAGGAACUGUCAUCCUAAAGACACAGCUGCCAACCAGAGGACACUACAGGGAAGUGUGCACUAUGCAAGAAGCCUUCCACAAGGGCCAGGGACUCAAAUGCACUUUCCGAACAAAAAAAUGAACGGUAACCCCACAAUCAACAACAUGCACAGGGGCUCUGUGAAUUUUGACAAAAACAUGAAUAAUAAGAUUGUAAGUAGAUUACCACACAACUGGGAGGGAAGCAACAAAACAUAUCAGUCUAAUGAUCAAGGCACACAGUAUAAUGAAAUGAAUGACAAGUUUCAGUUCCAGAAUCAAUCCGUUCAUGACCAAAGAUCUAACACCUCUAAAAACAGCCGGAUGCAGUGGCAGCAGAUACGGCCAAAUACUUCUAUGCACAACCAAAACGUGUCUCUGCAAAUAAGCAAUCAGAAAGUGGCUUACAUGGUGUCUCCUUCAGACUGGCAGGAGGAUAAUAAGUCACAUAAACCGAGCUCACUAAAAAACUCCAGCACAUUUCAAAACGGGAGACAAGAGCCCAUCAAACAUGGCACUAGUGCUGUCUCGACUUUUAAAGUGGAAAUGAGCCAUACACAAGUUUGUGAGUCUAAAAAUAAAACUGUGUACUUCGGCCUUAACCAGCCCCUCACAACAACAUCAUCGAGAAACUACAGCUACCCACCAUUGCAAGUGCCACCCAUGGGACUCAUGAUGGUAUCACCCUACGAGUCCCCCCUGCCCUCCCCUGUCCAUAACCCCGCUUCCAGUAGCACCUGCUCGUCUCUUUCCCCUGCUUCCACCAGCCCAGUUAACUUCAGCUCAGAGGAAAGCCAAAUGUCCAAGCCAGCCCCCCCUCUCCCCUUUUAUCAUCCAGCUCAAGCCAAAAGCACCUCCGAUCACCUGAGCAGCCACCCCCACACGUUCCACUCCGACAGAGCUCUACCGUACACAGCAGACAGGAACAAAGACGACAUGAUGGGCUACUUACAUAACAGCGUGCACACUAAGAGCUCCAUGGAUGUAAACAAAACCUACAUUGACAGUUUUGGAGUGGAGCAUCACCAGCCUCCCCCUCCCUACUCCGCACACCAGUUAGCCACCUCACUAGCCACGGCUAAUCUCGAUCAGUUAGACGUGCUCCUCACGUGCAAGCAGUGUGAUCAGAAUUUCAACAACUUGGCUUCCUUUCUGGGCCACAAGCAAUACUGCUCCCAGCAUGCAUUUGCACAGAACGAGCUAAAGGAGAUAUCAAAAAUAGAUGAUAGUAAAAAGUUUAAUACUGAACCAGUGAAAAACAUUUCUGCAUGUUCAAAUAUAUCUUUGCCUCGCUGUCCGUCUGAACUCCACCUGUCACUGCUGGGGUUAAAUAAAAAUGGAGAGCUUAUUCCUGACACUAAAGGAGAAAACAAGGACGAUUCCAUGAAACUCAAUCUGUUUACUGGCUCUGGGAAUCUCCCUGUGCCUCUGCCCGAGCUGGAGAUGGAGGACGCCAAAUUAGACAGCUUAAUUACGGAGGCUUUGAACGGAAUGGGCUAUCAGUCUGACAAUGCUGAAAUAGACAGUAGCUUUAUUGAUGCAUUUGGUGACGAUGAGCUAAACAACGUCAAAACAACAUCGACUAAACAAUCUUUGAAAACAAAAGAAUGUGAGAAGAAAAGUAAACCAAAAGCCGAUUCCGACAGAUCUUUUACACAGGGAAAGUAUUUUUAUGAUUCAGACGAGGAAAGCCCUGACAGUGAGAAACAGUACACAGAAUGCAAAUUAGAAAAGAUCUCUUUGAAUUUAGAACAAGAUGAGAAAAUUAACAUUAAAAAAGAAGUUUCUCAUAAAAAUUCAAGAGGCGCCUCAAGGGAGAAGGCACGGGAACAGGAUGGCAAAGCGAAAGAGACACGAAAACUGUGUAAAAGUGAGGACAAAAACACUCAGCGACUUGUGCUAUCCAGUAAGUUCUCCGAGCGCUGCGAGGUAAAGGGCUUCCAAGAAAAUGGGUCCGGCCCCUCCUCUCAGGCCUCUCUAUCACCGACCUCCAAACCCACCGUGAAGGAGAGCAAGCGAAAAAACACCGCUGGGGGAUCCUGGAGCAAAGAACUGAUUCAUAAAAUAGUGCAACAGAAAAAUAAGCUCCACAAGCUUCAUGUCAAAGGCACUAAAAAUCUGCAGUUUUCCUUAGUGAUGGAGAGACUGACGCCUACUGUACAGAACCCAGCUUUCGGGGAAUAUGACUAUGUAUCCGAUUCUGACGAUGAAUGUGAACCGGUGAAAAUUGCAAGCCAAGGAAGGUUGAACCAAAGUAGCCGGUGCAAAUAUACAUAUACCAAAGAGUGCAAGUGGCGGGCGAGGAGUGACAGAGACCAGGCCGCAUGGAGGCACGAGUCGAAAGAAUGUUUUGAGGUGAAGAAAAGUGAGGAGCUUUCACUGUUUCCAGAAAAACCCAAAUUAAAGCGAAGAAGUAGUAGAUCAUCAACAAGCAGCGAUCUCAGUACAUCCGUGAGCGAUGGCACCAACAGUCCCAAAAGCACUGACCGCACCGACUCGGACUGUGAAAAGAAGAUUGACGUGAAAAAGAAAGAGCCAGCGGAACACCGAACAUAUGAGAGGUCGUCCCCUUACAAAUUAUGUAAAGAGUCAAGCAAACUAGCACUGACAUUCACCAAGUCUGUCAAGAAAUACAACUCUGACAAAGCUAUUGUUUCGGAAAAGAAAGAGGCAGUGGAGAGUCCAAAGAAAUGUCACUCACAAGUUUCUGAUACACCGAAAGCAGCAGACACGACAAAAAGUGCGGAAAAGCGGAAAAACUCCCCAUCGAAAACAAAAGACAAGCUCCUCAGCAAAGACUCACAAAGCAGUGUGGAUAAAAAUAGCCAAAAUGAAACCGUCAAUGUGUGUGCCGCGCAGGAGGACCAACAACAAUGUAACAAGCCACUACACAACGAUACCCAAUCUCUGAGCAUUCACAAAAAGGCCGAUUCCUCCACAGAGAGAGGGAGUAAAAAGGGAGGGGAGUCUGGUGUCACCCAGUCUGAUUUAUCCACUUCGGGGGCAUUUGAAAAACAGAAUGACAGUGCACUGAAAGAACCCAUUACUUUAGUCAAUGACCUAGACACACACAAGGCCUCACCCCUUUGUAGUUCGCUGAUGGAUAGUGUCUGUUUGUCCCCAUCUGAACCACAAGACGCGCUCAUUCAAAAAGAUACGCUUCACCUUAUGCCCUACAGUCUAGAGCCGGAGCAGGGCCUCAUCAAAUCCCCUCUCUCCUUUGACACCUCAUCUAUGUUUGGAGAACUGGCCGGAUUUGACAGCGGGAUUUACUCGGAUAUGCCCAUGCAGAAAGAGGCAUUCCACACCAUAGAAAACACUACGACCAAAAAGGAAGAAUUUGUCUCCACUUUCUCCCCAUUUCUGGAGCAAAGAGAUUGGAGCAUGAUUGUUAGCCCUGUCCUACCGGAUGAGAUAUCACAGUACAAAGCGGAAAAAUCAGGGGAAAAGAAAGCAGAUUACAAUCACGUUUCCCUGUCUCUACCGGAGAAGAUUAUGGACUACAGCGGCAACCUGAACAACUGCGUUUCCGAUGAUGAGUUGGAGAUAAAGCGAAUAGUAAAUGAGCUUGAAAAUCAGCUGCAGACGACGAAGUUGGAGAGCCCACCACUGCUUGUACAAGACUCCCCCAAACCUCUCCAGAUGAGCAAAUUCUCGCCACUUCGUCUAAGCGAUGAGAGUGAAAAUGACAGUUCCAGUUUGGACAUGAGCUGCCCAGUGGAGCCUAUAAAUCCACCCAUAGCCAACCUUCCCAGUGAGCACUACACUGAAUCGGCUCUCCCCUGGUCCAGUCCUUUCCCAUUUGAGCUCAUAGGGGAACACACAAGCCCCCCCACUCCCCUCCGGAGUGAAGCAGUGGUCCUUGAACCUCUGACAGAAAAAGAGAACAAUGGAUUGAGUUUAAUUAACACCAAGGAGGAAAAGGUGGAGAGAGUUGUGUCUGCUGAAACAAAAGAGGACGCUUUGGAGCAGAGGAGAUAUGCUGAAAACCUUAGGAAAAGCCUGGAGGUGAUUUCUGAUUCUAUAUUCAAAGAAGAUGCUAUUAUCACAGAACAUAAAGAGCCCAGUGCCACUUCUCUCAUGAGUCAACAACAUCAAGAAAUUGAAUGUCAGACAACCGAUGCGUUUGAGACACAAGAUCAGAGUGAAAAGGAAGCAAUUACUAGGCAGGCGAAUAUAUUAUCACCUCCAAAUAUCAAUGAGCGGAAGGAUGAGAUUGAAUUCAUUUUGAAUGAGUCACACUCAUCUCUCUCCGAAAGCAAUGACCCCGCCGUCUGUGGAAUCGAGCCAAUUUCAUCUGAACCAGACAUGCCCACUGAAAACAAUAGUAGGGAAGAGGCGGGAGACAAAGUCCUAUCGAAGGAUUGUAUCAGUGAAAAUAGUGAUUCUAUCAAGCCUGAUGAUGGCCCCAGAGACAUGACACUUGACCCACGUGUGGUGAAAGAGGCCCAGGGGAGCAGCAGUGCAGAGGAAAAUGAACAGUUAUUAAAAAACACGUGUGUCAGCUUAGAACAUUUAAGCAUGAGACACGAGGACGCAGAGGCUGUGAAAGGAAUCAUUGGUCAGUGUGAUGACAAUCCGCUCACACCAGCUCUACUGGAUGUCUCAUUGCACACUGACGAGAAAGAAGAAAGUGUCACACAAAUAUUAAUUGCGCAAUCCAACACAAUUUCAGCACAUAUUGAAAUGAACAAUAAUGAAUAUUCACAAUGUGUGGCAAAAGAUAACUUUUCUAAUCUGGGAGGUGACAUGUCAUUAGAACUAAUCACAACAUAUAAACCCUGCAGCCCGAUACUGGCUGAAACAAAUGAAGAAAACAUUGAUCAGUGCUCACCUUUCCCCAGUGCUCAGACGACAGAAACAGCCAAUCUUUUAAUCCUCUCGUCCUCAGAAAGCCUGAUGGACACAGACUGCAGCAAAGUGGAUCCAUUUAACAACCCAUUACAACAUGACACACAGCUACAAUUUGACAGCAUUCAGAAACAGGAGAUUCUAAAUGUCCAAGACAUCAAAGAGCAACUUCCUGUUGAUUUCAUGGCCAGCAGACAGAACUCCCCAUGCAGAGAAAUAGAAGACAGUCCCUGUCUCUUUAUGCAUGUUACCCAGCCGAGCAUUUCCCUCCUGACCACCUCAGACCAGGCACAUGUAACGCAUUGUGACAAUGGAGAGGAUGCACAGGCCAGCGCAAGCAAUAAUCAGUCUGUUGAGAUGAAAUCACCUCUGGACAAAGAUGACAAUCACAAUGAGCUGUUAGCAGCAGCAGAGAUUGAGUAUUCUAAGAUAAGCCCACCUCACCCUGACCUGGGGGAUAUUAUCGAGUGUAAAGUCUCCAAAGCCAGCGUCCCCUCGCCUCUAUCCAUAACUGGCCCAGAGGUAUCGGAAGCAUCAGAAAGUCUGGAAAAGACAAAUCCAAUGUAUGAUUUGAAGCUGAGCCCACUAAACUACAGCAGCAUAUCAGAUGACCCUCCAAAGCUACAUCAGUACGAUUAUAUUCCAAUUUCACCAGUGCAGCAGUCUGAUGAUAACAGCGACCAAAGGGAAGACAUAGAGCUUAACAAUAAUUCUACACACAUUUUCAAAAACAAACCAGACCUGACCCCUGAGCUGACUUCAUCCCAUGACCCUGUGCCAAUUAAUGAAACCGAGCAACUCACAUGUUUUUCAUUGCAUGUCCCCUCAGAAAGCAUUUCUUUGGCUUCUGAACUAAAAAGUCAUUUGGAGGAUUGCCACAAUGCAGCUGAAAACAUAAUGACCGAAACUGAGAAAGCUAACUCCAACGAGGUAUCUACUGAAGACAACACACAAAACAUUUCAGAUGGUCCGCCCACACCAAAGAUCAUCUGUGAAAAUGAAAUUCAGUCUCUCCCGGAGCCGUCCGACAAGCAACUACUAACAAUAGAGACUGGCCAGGGUUCAACAGCUCACAAACAAGAUAUGGCGAAGAAGGUGCCGAAUGCUCAGCAGGGGAAAGUUGUGUGUGAAAUCUGUUUCAUGUGCUUCAGGACUGUACCAGGGUUAAAAAGGCAUAAGGCUAUGAAGCAUUCAAUACGGGCUGAAAAACACGCUGGCAUUCAAAAUGUAUUAACCAGCCAGCCAGAAACUCUUCUUAUUUUUGACCCUAUAGAGAAGACACAUAAAGAUGAUUCACAUACUAGCUUGGAAGCAAUUACAGAGACUAUUGAUAUGUCUAAAGCUGUAGAAACUGGUUUGGAAGAAAUGCAAAAUGAGAAAAGUGCAAUUAAAGUGAAUGAAAUAGACCCGCAAACCCCAAAAGUAAAGAAGACGAGCAAAGCUAAAAGGAGCAAAAACACAGAGGUAAACAUCACAGCUGAGCCCUUCUCCGAUCAGCUUCUAAAUAUAUUAAAGACAAACAUACUGCAAGCUAUCACUCCUGAAUUUCAAAACAAUGCAUUACAAGUGCAGUCUAAAUCACUAGAGAAUCAAGUGCACAUAACUGAACAAGCAGCAAGUGAAAUGGAAGAAUUCCCUGAAUGUGUAACAGAAAAUUUUACAUCUCAACCAGUUACAAAAGAGACGGAAAAACCAAACCAAACCACAGAAUACAAUGAGGACGAGAAUGUGAUUGCAAGUUGUGAAAUGUGCACAGAUAAAGGCAUGGACAAUCCUAUAUGUGUGAACAGUGAUUUAGUUGGACAAUGUGUGGGGGAAAGUGUGGAGAAUAACUCAGAUGGAGGAGAGAAGCAAGAGAUUUGUGAAAAUGCUGCAAUGGACAUCAAAAGCGAGAACAAUAGUGACUCGACUGACAACCAUGCUCAAUCCAGCUGCCCCCCUAUGGACUCACCUGUCAUAAACCCAGAUUUGAAAGCGAUAUUCGAUGACGACAAUACAUUUUCACAACUUUUUCCCAGAGAUGAAGAAGCAAAGAGAAAAAAGUGCCCACGGGUUUAUACAAAGCGAAACAAAAAGCAAAAAACUGACCCCAGUGUCCCUAUUAGCAACGUGGAACAGUUUAUCGAAGGCCAAGCGGAGCAGACAGCAGCAGCCUUCAGUGACAACCCAACCACUCACUGUCAGUAUGAGACAAUUUCUAUUGACGAUGCCAUUAUGCUAAAUAUGUGCCACAACAGUGCUCUCAAGGCCGACGCACUUCCGCAGACAGAAAGUAAACAAAAUCAAGAUGAGAAUGUUGAAGAGAUUCAAAGUAGUCUCUUGAAUGGCCUAGAGAGCACCAUUGAUAAGUCCUUAUUACAUUUCAGCAGAUUAAAUUCAAACUCUGCCAUGAGCUCUGACCCCAGCACUUGUAAAACUGAAGACGAGCUAACAGGCCCAUUUCCGCCACCUCUCUCUACUGACCCCAUAGAAACAAGAGUGAACGAAAGCAUACAAAACCUGCACAGUAUUGACAUUCAAAAUAUUAAUACAACAUUCCAGCUGCCCGAUAUUCAAUUCUUUGAUUCUGGGAAGGACAUAACAUUAGCUCCUCCUAUCGAAGCAGCAGAAGUUGAGAAAAAGGAAGAGGACAAGACCAACAAGCACCAAGAGCGUCGUGGCCGCAAGCGUCAAGAUGGCGGCAUGAAGGUCAAAGACAAGCAGUACAAGUGCAAAGUGUGCUUCAGUUGGUUUCUCACACUGGGCGAGCUCAACUUCCAUAAGCUCUCUCACAACCCCUCUCCUCCCCCCACCUGCUACAUGUGUGUACAGCGCAAGUUCAGUUCUAGGGAGCAGCUCCGUGACCAUCUGUGGGAGAAACACGCUAAAAACAAAAGCGGAAUAUGGACCUGUGGCAUGUGCCUAAAGGAGAUAUCGGACGUGUGGAUGUACAAUGAGCACUUACGAGAGCACGCCACUCAGUUUGCCCGCAGAGGUCAAACGCAAGGCUCCAUGCUGGGUAUUUCUGGCAUCAUGCAAGAGACAGCUGUGAAGAAUUUUAUUACCUCUAUCAUGCAACAUCGGCCCAGCAAAGUCAGCAGAGAAUCCAGUAAAGCGCAAAAAGAACAGGACAAAAAUGGUGCUUCGGAGAGCGUGACGGAGGAGUCAAAAGUUCAUAAAGUUAAAAGUGGUAGUGUAUCCUGCGGGAGGCCGGGUAUUUUGACUCCGCUUGAGGUCCUGCACAAAGUCGACACGCCUAAAAAUGUGGAGAUCCAUCCCAACUGCAAAGACCCCUCCAGAGACUGCCACCACUGCGGGAAACAGUUCCCCAAGCCCUUCAAACUGCAGAGGCAUUUAGUAGUGCACAACUUAGAGAAAAUCUUCCUCUGUCACAAGUGCCCUGUUUCAUAUCAAGAGGCCCAGGAGCUGAAAGAGCAUUUGAGACGAGAGCAUGAAGACGCAGAUGAGCUGGAUUCAAAGCACACCACCCUCUAUACGUGUGAGCUUUGCGCGGAUGUAAUGCAUGUCAUCAAAAAGUCAUUUAUCUGCAGCACUUGUAACUACACUUUCUCCAAAAAAGAGCAAUUUGACCGACACAUGGAAAAGCAUCUACUUGGGGGAAACAAAAUCUUUAAAUUCCGAGGUGUUCUGAGGCCUGUCAAAGCAUCCAUCACAGAAGACAAUGAAUGUGACUCUCCUGCAAGUAAAAAGAGGAGACUUCUUUCUGACAGCCUGCCUGAAAACAGCUCAGACAGCGGGAUCGCCAGUGUCAGUCCGUUGCACCAAAACUCUGAAACUCAACCUUCCAAGUCAUGCGUAUCCAUGGCCGACGACUCCACUCAAACGACUGUGAACGAGUACAAUGACGCAAGCAACAAUGUAAAGACAGAAGACGUGGCCGAAGACUACUCUGAGCUACUUAUCGAGCUGGGGAAAUGCAUUCACAUGAGCAGCACAGAUCUGCCCAAAGAGGAAAUUGAGCCAGCGCUUUCACCUAAUCCUGAUGAAGAGGGUAAUGGAAAAUUGAUUAGCGAAGCAUGUGAUGUGAAAGAGGAGAAUGAGUCAGUAUGCAUUCGAGCAGCGUCCAAAGAAAGCGAUGGGGAGGUGGAGAUUGUUAAUGCGAAAGGUGAUGAAUUAUCUGGCAAUGUCACAGCAGAAAAAGAAGAUAUCCCUCUUAUUUCUAAUGUCAAAGAAAAUGUCACAAAUUUCAAAACACAUGAGCCAAAAGUACAUCAGUUAACUACCAACUUAUCAGAGCAACAAAGAGAGGAGGAGCAGAGGCCUCAAGCUUCAAAAUCCUCCAACGGUGACACUAAAAAACAAACUGCCGGUGUUAGGACGGAGCCAGACAACAACGGCAGUAGCAAAGACAGAGUGAAAGCAUCGGAUCAUUCCAAAUCAACAUCUGUAACGCAACCCAGAGUCUCAAAUGGUCUGCAAAAUGAAGACAAAGAACCUCCUAAACUGCAGAAAAAGAGGAAAGACAUUAAAUCUUCUCACAGCUCGCAAAAAAUCUCCUCUCCAGUCACGCAGGAAAACUUCGACAUCGAGGCGCAGGCCAGGAAGAAAUUCCGACCCGGAAAAUCUAUGACAAUUCAAAGGAAGUCGGACGGACCAAACGACUACGCCGUGCUCUCCUCCAUGCACGGCGACAUCGGGAGCAACAAGAUCAUAUCCAAAUGCAAGACUUCCAACAUGCAGUCCAAGAAAAGUUUACUUGAAAGCUGCAUACCAAAGAAGAGCGAAGUUGUGAAUUCGCUAAACGUAGAUUUCAAAGCCAAAAAAGGAACUAUGGGGCGUCCUCUGCACUCGCCCAUCUCUAAAGUUCCGAUGAACAAUUCUUUCAACAAAUCUAAGACGAAGAUAGGCGUGAGAGCUAUGGACAGUCAUUCGUAUCGGACAGCUGAAUCGCAGAACCACCUCCUGAGCCAGCUGUUUGGCCAAAAACUCACCAGCUUCAAGAUCCCAUUAAGAAAGGACACAUCUGAAUCCAUAAACUAAUGUCAUUAUGGGAAAUGUGUGAAAAAUGGACUAUUUAAUGGCUGUUGAUUCUGGUGAAAGAGAUUGCACAGCUUCUUCUGUGAAAUGCUAUCUUUAAACACUUAACGUAGUCACUUUAUGUCUUCUUUAUGUUUUAUAUUAAACAAAUGUGAGGACUAAUAGAUGAAAUGAAUAGUGGGAAAACCAUUACUGCUUUUUCAUUGUCAAUAGUACCGCUUAUAGAGAUUAUAUUUCAUAAAGGGAAGUUAAAAAAAAAUAAUACUUGAAAAGAAAAGUAAAAUAUUGUCUGUUUUAAAAGAUGCAUGUUCAUUUUGCAUUGCCCAUAUGUUUUUAAGUGUCAGAAUGGACCAAAGGACAUCAUGGCUGACUUGGACUCUUGUCUGCGCACCUUUUCAUACAUGCAUAAUCCUACUUGUGUAUACUGUCCAAUUUUACUGUAUUGCAUUGACAUUCAUCAUAUUAUCAUCAAUUACUUGGUGCUACGUUGUGUUUUAUUGUAAUGUGAAUGCCAAUGUUCUCGGAAGGGAAGACUUUCUGUAGCAGUUACAGUACUACACAUUUUGUUUUUUAUACUGGUUUUCUGUAGACAAUUCAAAAUACUGUGCAAACAACACUCCUCCGUAUGUAGGCUGGUACAUCUCACCAAGUGUCCUAUAAUGUAAUCUCAGGUGCAUAUAAGGACACCAUUCCAAAGACCUGUAUUUGUGCACUGAAACCACCAUACCGCAAUCAAGACAAACUCAUAUCUGUGUCUGUAAAACCCAAGUGUUUAUUAUAAAUAGUAUUUAGAACAGCAAAAGGUGCUUUAUUUUGUUCAUACUUGUUUAUACCUUUUUGUAUUAUAUUGUAGCUAUAGAGAAUUGUUGGUGUAAUGCUUCAUGACAAAGUUUUAUUUUAAUAAUGUGCAAAUGAGUAAGAAGAAAAGGGAAAGUGAGGUGCCCCUUGCGAAUUGUUAAGUGGUCCACUAAGUGCCUUUAUUGUUGUUAUUAAAGAUCUGUAUUGCAA